AUGGCAUUCUUAAGAGCUACCGCAUUCCGGUCCUGCUUCCGAGCUGCCAGACCUACUGUUGCUCGGCCCCAAUUGUGGCAGCAAGUUGCUCGACGAGGUUAUGCCACUGGUGCUCAUGGGUCGGCGCAAACGAGUGGUGAUGCCCCGUGGGCCCUCGGAGCUGUCGUCGUGACAGUGCCAACCUGCUGGUACAUCCUCCAAGGUUCUGAGACGUCUGAUGGAGACCAUGGUAAAUCUCAUGGCCACAAGGAGGAAACCAAAGAGCAACCUAAGACCGAGCCUGAGGAGAAGCCCCAAGAGCAGCCUCAGACCGAGCCUGAGGAGAAGCCCCAAGAGCAACCUCAGACCGAGCCUGAGGAGAAGCCCCAAGAGCAACCUAAGGCCGAGCCUGAGGAGAAACCUCAAGAGGACAAAAAGGAUGAUGCCGCCGAAUCUGGUGAGGGUGGACCAAAGGAUGAGCCUGCUGCCUCUAAGCCCGCCGGUGGUCCGGGCACCCAGUCAGGAAAGCAAGAAGGUUUGAGUAACACGGAUACAAAACACUCGACCGACAUCACCAAUGAUCCCGAGCAAAGCAACAAGGGCGAAGGAAUGCCGGAAACAGCCAAGGCAAAGGGAACCAUUGAUCCAAAGCGGCCACAGGCAUAG